UGUUUCCCGUUCCAUCAGUCAAUAGUCCCCUGAUAGUUUCCGGGGUUUCUGCUGCAAUCCUGUUCCCUGCGGUCGGUAAUUGCUACGGAACGGGGUUCCUGAGCUCCCGAAUCCGGAGCCCGAGCGCAUUCUGCCUGCCAGGGCUCGCGCCACCGAGUUCUGCGCAGAGGUGGGAUUUUGCACACUGAUCACUAAGGCUUAAACCUCGCCAACAUCCAUUCCCUCUAACCGGUUGCAGUUCUUAGUAUUUCCUACGGCAGGGGAAUGGUUAAAUCAUCUCGGCUAUCUGUUUAUUCGCUAACAUUCAGAUAAUCAGUGCCAUUCUUCCCGCUGGGAAGUCAGUCCAGCCGGCCAAAAGUCUGUCCCCUGGACUCCCUCUGUCCCGGUCUCAUUUUCGGAUCAGGGACUCAGGGCCCACUGGGAAUGGGGGGGUUAAAGUUUGCCUGCAAUCUUUCAACUCCACAGUCUCCCUUAUAGCUAUCUCACCCCCGUUUUUAUUUUACACAGAGUUUGCUUGCUGGCCAACGUUGGGUGUUUGUGAUUUAACCACAAGCGUUUUCUGUAAACGUUCAACUCAUCCUAUUUUUUCCGCCACCCCGCCGCUUCGCUGAAACGAAGCCCCUUUCGUCCCCCAUAUUCCCGAAUUGUCGGUGCUGAUGCCCCGGUCGGCUGAGGUCUGACGAUCAGAGUGGCAAGAGAUAUUCUGCAGCCACUUCCCGCAACGCAUCGUGGUCAUCUCUCUUUGGAUAAGAUUUAAAUAGCCCUGCAAUAAGGCAGUCGUACCCAACCCAGGCUCCUGUGGUCGCCAUGCCCGGCCCGGCGGCCGGUAGCAGAUCCCGGGUCUACGCCGAUGUGAACACUUUGAAGAGCCGGGAGUACUGGGACUAUGAAGCUCACGUGCCCAGCUGGAGUAACCAAGAGGACUACCAGCUGGUUCGGAAGCUGGGGAGGGGGAAGUACAGUGAGGUCUUUGAAGCCAUCAACAUCAACAACAAUGAGAAAGUUGUGGUCAAAAUCCUCAAGCCUGUCAAAAAGAAGAAGAUCAAGCGGGAAAUAAAGAUUCUGGAGAACCUGCGGGGGGGAACCAACAUUAUUCGGCUGGUGGACACAGUGAAGGACCCUGUGUCCCGAACACCAGCACUCGUCUUUGAAUUCAUCAAUAAUACAGACUUUAAGGAGCUGUACCAGAAGUUAACAGAUUUUGAUAUUCGUUUCUACAUGUACGAGUUACUGAAGGCUCUGGACUACUGCCACAGCAUGGGCAUCAUGCACCGAGACGUCAAACCCCACAAUGUGAUGAUCGAUCACCAGAUGAGGAAGCUACGCUUAAUAGACUGGGGCCUGGCCGAAUUCUACCACCCCGCACAGGAGUACAAUGUCAGGGUGGCAUCGCGCUACUUCAAGGGUCCAGAGCUCCUGGUGGAUUACCAGAUGUAUGACUAUAGCCUGGACAUGUGGAGUCUGGGUUGCAUGCUGGCUAGUAUGAUCUUCCAGAAGGAACCAUUCUUCCAUGGUCAAGACAACUACGACCAGCUGGUCCGAAUUGCCAAGGUAUUGGGGACAGAUGAGCUCUUUGGAUACCUACAGAAAUACCACAUCGAACUGGACCCAAGUUUCAAGGACCUGCUGGGCCAACAGACACGGAAACGCUGGGAGCAGUUUGUCCAGUCGGAGAACCAGCACCUGGUCAGCCCCGAGGCCCUGGACCUGCUGGACAAGUUGUUGCGCUACGACCAUCAGCAGAGGCUGACUGCUUCAGAAGCCAUGGCACACCCUUACUUCUACCCCGUGGUGAAAGAACAGUCUCUCUCCCACACUGACAGCAGUGGCUCUACUACAACACGAUGAGAGACUAGGAAAACUUUGUUACCUCAGCUAUUACCCCAGAAACCUCUUCAAGUGUACACCGGAACAAGGCACCGCCAGCCAAUUACACAUGCACAUAGAUGUAAACUAUCCCUCCCUCUCUCUGUCUCUCUCUCUUUCCCUCUCUCCCUCUCUCUCUCUGUUCUUAAACUGUUGGCUUGAUCCAGUCAGAUGUCCAAUUCAAGACCAGUCAGUUUCAAGUUCUAAUCCACACCCCUCAGCUUCAGGUAACAAAGUAAUAAGGAAUAUUCAAAGACUUCUCCAAUUGAUUCCCCUCCCCCACAUUCACAAGCAUGGAGAAUGAAGAGGAAAAUAUUCCCCCUCCCCUCCCAGUCUGCUGUUCUGUGUUCAGCUUGGGAAAGACUCAGGGGACACCUGCCACAAUAUCCCAUGAUUCCAGUAGAAGCUGAAGUCCAAGAGGUCUUUAACAUCAAACCAGACGCAUAUUACCCAACCCUUUUUGUCUUGUUUAUAUGCGACGUGCUGCAGGUUUUUGUGGUUUUUUUCCCCCCAUUUCUCCGUGGACUUUGCUAAUUCCGGUUAGUAUCAAGGUUAGGUCAUGUCGUUUUCUACCUCAACAAUCACUGAUAUGCGUAUUUCUUUGUUGCCAACUGGCUUAAGCUAACUAGUCCCUCUCAAAUUAGCUAGCAUAUGUGUCAUAUAGUCAUCAGGUGUCUUUCUGUUCAGACUCUGCACUGCAGUUCAGAAGUGGCAUGGUGACCUCUGCUAUAGGUAUUAUAAUGAUCAUAAUAAUAUUAAUAAUAAAUGAUUUUUAUUUAGA